AUGUACGAAGACGCGGACAGAGGGAGUGAAGAUGUGUUCGCGGAUAUCUUAAGUAAAAGUUCUGUAUACGUAUCAGAUCGACAGAUGACGGUUGCUACGUUCAAAAUCGUAGUUCAUCUGGUAUUUGCUGAUGUGUGCUACUGUUUAUUUGCUGAUGUGUGCUACUGUUUAUUUGCUGAUGUGUGCUACUGUUUAUUUGCUGAUGUGUGCUACUGUUUAUUUGCUGAUGUGUGCUACUGUUUAUUUGCUGAUGUGUGCUACUGUUUAUUUGCUGAUGUGUGCUACUGUUUAUUUGCUGAUGUGUGCUACUGUUUAUUUGCUGAUGUGUGCUACUGUUUAUUUGCUGAUGUGUGCUACUGUUUAUUUGCUGAUGUGUGCUACUGUUCAUUUGCUGAUGUGUGCUACUGUUUAUUUGCUGAUGUGUGCUACUGUUUAUUUGCUGAUGUGUGCUACUGUUUAUUUGCUGAUGUGUGCUACUGUUUAUUUGCUGAUGUGUGCUACUGUUUAUUUGCUGAUGUGUGCUACUGUUUAUUUGCUGAUGUGACUAAACCGAAUAGUUGGGUACAAUGA